GGCUCUUCUUCUAGUGCCGGCGCAAACUCUGCCUGUUUAGCGCCAUCUAGUGAUCUAAUGACUGAACAGCGGGUGAAAAAACUACUAGUAGUUCAAUAACUGAGAUUUUGAGGUCCGAAGUAUUUUCAAAGUAUGAUAAUGACUUUUCUUACUUAGAUUAAAAAUUUGAUUUGGCGUGAAUCUUUGUACACAGCUCACAAUAGUUAGAUAUACGGUUGGUUUACUUCAUAGCUAUUCACUAAGCAGAAAGUGCUUCAAAUACUGAGGCGCACCUUUGCACUGUGCACCUGAGCAACAGGACGAGCAAGGAAAAGUUUGAGUCGCAUGACGCUGACGUCAUGAGGUAUGCAGAAAGACAAUAAAGGACAUUGUCAGAAAUUAAUGAUCUGAAAACAAGCGAGGGUCCCAAAGCACAGAGAUGAUCAGAUUUCCUUGUUGCUGUUGCUUCUCUUGUGAAAACACUGAAAACGAGACACAGCCUCUUCUUGGGUCCAGACAAUCUGAACAGAAUGGAGCAGCCUCAGCCAGACAGACUCUCUCAGCACAUAGUGAUGGGCACAUGAAAACUGGUAAACUGGUGAUGAGGCGAGUGGGUGUGCCUGACUUGGACCAGAGGUUUUCAGAUGUCGCUGAAGCUUUUAAUGAACAACAGCAUCGGUUUGAGACUACAGUGCACCUCCUACUCAGCCUGCAAAAGAGAUAUCGCUGUUCACCAGGUGGACCAUUGGCUUUAACAGGAAUUUUGAGAAAAAUUAGAGAUGAGCAUGAGGCCAACUACAGGAUUUCCAUGAAACUCAAAGGUUAUGACUUCUCUCUAUGUGUAGUUCAUGCCAAUUCAGAAGAAAAUGAUGUAGGACCACUGCCCUAUCAUCUACAGAUGGCUAUAGAUGAAUUUAAGGACAUUUCAGAGUCUGCAAAAGCUACUAUAGCAAAAGGAACAACACUUCAGGAGCUAAUAGGCUGGCUCCUACGUAGCAAAGAUCACAUGGCCGAGCAAGUAAAAGGGGCUGCAGCAACCUUUCAAGAGCAAGGAAGACUAUCAGAGAACCUGAAGGAAAAUGUGAAUGAAGUGGUAAGAGCCAAACAGCUGUCAAUGGAGUAUAGACAAAAAGCCGGAGAGAUUUUUGUUGAAGCUGCAGACAUAGCAGGGCCUCAUCUGUAGUACACAGACAGGAAUCAGUGUAUUCUAGUGACAUAUCAAAAGGCAUGUGUAGUGCUAUACUGAUAUGGAAAAAUGCAUUGGUAAAGUUUAUUAUCAAAUGCUGGUGGGAAUUUAACCAAAAUCAAUAAAAAUUUUAUGUGGCUACUGAUGGAUUUUUCAUUCCAUGGCCAAUGGGCAUUAAAAUUAAAAAACAAAACAAAAAAAACAGACUAUUACCUACAUGGCUCAUGUCAUUCUAAUGGGCAAUCAUUGGCAGCACAGUGGCUGAGUGGCAUGCCUCACAGUAAGAAGGUUCUGGGUUUGAUCCCUGGGUUGCCCGGGCCUUUCUGUGUGAAGUUUGCAUGUUUCUCCCUGUGUCUGGAUGGGUUUCCUCUGGGCGCUCUGGUUUCCCCCCCCCAUCAUCAUCCCAAAACAUGCUACAUAGGUUUCCAGUUGAUAGUCAUGGUCAGUUAAAUGCAACCCCAAUUCCAAUGAAGUUUGGCUGCUCUGUAAAACUUAAAACACAGAAUACCAUGAUUUGCAAAUCCUUUUCAACCUAUAUUGAACUGAAUAAACUACAAAGACAUAUUUAAUGUUCAAACUGAUAAACAUUAUUGUUUUUAUGCAAAUAUUCACUCAUUUUCAAUUUGAUGCCUGCAACACGUUCCAAUAAAGCUGGGACAGGGGCAACAAAAGGGAAAGUUGGGGAAUGCUUAAAAUCCACCUGUUUGGAACAUUCCACAGGUGAACAGGUUCAGUGGAAACAGGAAACAGGUGAGUGUCAUGAUUGGGUGUAAAAGGAGUUUCCCCAAAGGGCUCAGUCAUUCACCAGCAAGGAUGGGGCGAGGUUCACCACCUUGUGAACAACUGUGUGCGCAAAUAGUCCAAUUGUUUAAAAACAACAUUUCUCAACAUACAAUUGCAAGGAAUUUUGGGAUUUCAUCAUCUACAGCCCAUAUAUCAUCAAAAGAUUCCGAGAAUCUGGAGAAAUCUAUGCAUGUAGGAACGUUGGAACGUGCUGCAGACAUCAAAUUGAAAAUGAGUGAAUAUUUGCAUAAAAACAAUAAAGUUUAUCAGUUUGAACAUUAAUAUCAUGUCUUUGUAGUUUAGUUGCACAUCAUUUUAUUGUUUUUUUUACACAGCAUCCCAACUUCACUGGAAUUGGGGUUGUGCAAUCAAUCAAUGAACCUGCCCAGGGACUACAGGUGGAAAUUUGCACUAGUGCUACAACUUGGUACAAUGCAUUUCUCCUGUUAAGGUUAAUGUAAAAAAUUGUGUACUGUCCUUGUCUCAAAUAAAUAAAUUAGAUUUUACAUUACAUUUAAAGAAUGCAUUUGGCCUGUCUUGAACAUUGACAGUGCAGCUUUUUAAAUAACCCUCAACUUAAUGUUUUUCACUUUUUCCUUCCAAACAUGCUUUGAGACAUAGGAUUGACUGUUCCUUAAAAAAGAUACCAUGUCAAUAAGUCAUUUCAUCUUUUCAAUCAUAAUUCAACUAAAAUCUAAUGGAAUGGCUCCAGCUCCAGGUCUGCUUUUUGUAUAGCAUAUGAUUAAACUGAGAUUAACUGAGUUGUAAGAUGUUUAUUAUUGAAAAAAAAAAAAAAAACACACUGUACAUUAUAAAUAAAAAUCUUUGUAAAAUAUUUUUUAAG